GACGUCCCCAGUGCCAAAACCGAAGGAGCCGGCUGGAAGCUGGAGAAGCCCUCCCUCAAAAUGCCCAAAGCUGAGAUCAAAGCUCCCAAGGUGGACAUCAGCCUCCCGUCCGUUGACGUGAGCCUUCCAAAGGCCAGCGUUGACCUGCAGGCGCCCGAGGCGGCCCUCACCCUCGAAGGGGAAGCAAAGGCCCCAGAGAAGGAGGCCGCGAAGACCAAAGACGGCAAGUUCAAGAUGCCCAAGUUCGGCAUGCCUUCCUUUGGCUGGGCCAGCAGCAGAGAGGCCAAGGGCACGACGGCCGCUGAAGUGGAUGUCAGCCUCAAGGAGCCCCAGGUGACGGGGCCCUCAGGAACCGCUGAAGUCGACGUGACCCUGCCUGGGGCCGAGAUCCAGGUGCCUAUUUCUGAUGUUGCUAUGGAUUUCUCAUCUGGAAAAGAGGUUGAUAUGGGUAAAGCUAAAAGUUCUCUUUUUAGAGUACCUAAGGUUUCUCUUUCUAAAAGUUUGAAAUCUCAGGCACAGAGGAAGUCUUCAGCUGAAAUUUCUGUGUCAGAAGCCCUUUGUUAUUCUUUAGCAGAGGAUAGUCCUGCUGUUAUUUCAGCCAGUUCUGGAUCUAAAUCUCUUCCUGAUAAUAAGGGAGAUAGUAUUUCUAAAAAUUCUAAAUUCAGAAUUCCUAGCUUGGGUUUCUCCAAAGUUGAUAUUGGUUCUUCUAAAAUUGAACAGGAUUCCCCAUUACCAAAAGGGGAUAUUACUCUUACUAAGUAUCAGAUGCAUCUAGCGGAAUCUGAAUCAAAAACAUUAUCUCUUACUGACGAGAAUCUUGCUGUAGCAGAUCUUGAAAUUUUAAAUGAACGUGUUUGUUUGGAGGAAGGAAGUCUGAAGCCAAGAGGUAAAACAACAUCUGCUGAAAUAUCUAUGGUUGACACAGAGGUUACAGUUAAAAUUCAUAAAUUCCGAAAACCAAAAUUUGGAAUUUCUUGGUCUAAAGGAAAACCAUCAGAAGGUGACAUUGGUUCCAAAGUGGAAUCUGAAAUUUCCAAGAGAAGGAUAACAUCUGAUAUGACUGAUACUGAAAAACCAAUUCAGACCUCUGAUUCCGAAUUAGUUUUAAAGAUGCACAAGGCUUCACCUGAAGUUGUUCUGGAUGCACCAGUGCUGGAUGUCAGUCUCCAAUCAGUGGAAGUUACCAUGCCAAAAUUAGAAGUGGAAAUCCAUGGCCCAGGUUUAGAGUGCAAGGCAGAACAGGAAGUAGUUUCAGGAGAGAAGGACACUGAGGAGAAAGAAAAGAAAUUUAGAACAUCAAAAUUUAAACUGCCUUCAUUUAGUUGGUCACCAAAGAAAGAAGCUGUUGUUCCUUCUGAAGGUGAGGGACAUCUGGAAGAACCUUCAUUCCCUAAAAUUAAGGGUGAAAAAUUCCAGGACUCUCUUCCUAUAUUGGAAACUGAUGUUUGUGUCCCCAAACAAGAAAAAGAAUAUGUUUCAGUACAGAAAUCUGAGAAACGGAGUAGUGGAGAAGGGGCAGGAAUGGGCAUAAAAAUGCCAAAAGUUACAGUCUCGACUUUGGAAUUUUCCAAACCACUAGUCAAAGCUCCCAAAAUAGAGAUGGAUACUAGCAUGUCUACAGGUGAGGUUACACUUCCUACAUGUGAAGAAGAUUACCUGACAUUGAAAUCAGCUGCUGCUAAUGCCAGCCUGUCCACCUCAGAUAUUAAGAUGAGAAAUGAAGGCUCCCUUGAAUUGAAGAGUCCUGACACAACUGUUGAAAGAUCAAGUGAAAUCCCUGUGGGUGAUGUAGAAAUAAAAAUUGAAGGUCCUGAAGGAAAACCAAAAGUGUCUAAAUUCCAAAUGCCAAAGUUUGGAAUUACACAUUCUAAAGGGAAAGGGUCAGAAAAGGAGGUCAUCCAAUCUAAAUCAGAAGUCAAGGUUCCUCAACUAAAAGCAAUGGUAGAGAUAGGUGACAUUGCUGUUGAAGCACCAAAUUUGGAGGUGGAUUGGUCACCAAAGAAGGAAGCAACUGUUAAACUGGAUUCUGGAGCAAAUUUGGAAGGUCAUAAACUUGGUGUAACAUCAAGCAGAAUUGACACAGAAGUGAAAGGAUCUGCAACUGAUGAUCAAGGUACUGGCUCAGCCCUUGAUCAGGAAAGAUCUACAGGAAAAGUUGAACAAAAAAGUCCAAUUAAAAAGCCUCAAUUUGCCAUGCCUAAAAUUUCACUUUCCAAGAUCAAGGUUCCCAAAUCUCAGACUUACUCACCAAAAGUUGAAGCUGAUGCUACUAUUCCUAAAACAGAAAGAGAGGGUGAUGUUUCAAUACAGAUACCUGAUAUAGAAAGAAGUCAUUCUGAAAGGACAGAAGAAGGGACACAAAUAAGCAUAAAACUGGCUGAUGUUAAGAUCCCCACUCUGGAGCAUUACAAAAUAGAAACUGGAGCUUCCCAAACUGAAAUAGGAGUCAGCUCAGCAAAGAUUGAUACUUCUCUGCCUCUCUCAGAGGGGAGUUCUCAACAGGUUGUCCUAAAAUUGAGUUCUACUGAUGAAGAUACCGUUGAAAAAGCAGGUAUUAAGUUCCCCACAGGAGAAGCUUCAGUUGAACUGAGGAGCCCUGAAAUAGUAACAGAAAGAUCAUCAAUUGUGGAUGGAAGAAAGAUGAAAUUGGAAGGUCCUGAAGGGAAGAUUAAAAUGCCCAAAUUCCAGAAGCCAAAGUUUGGAAUCUCCCUAACAAAAGGGAAAGGCCCAGAGACAGAGAUCAGCUCUCCAAAACCAGAAGCUGAGCUAACCCAGAUAAAAAUGACAAAUGAAAUUGCUGACAGUGCUGUGGGAGUUCCCGCAUCAGAACUUACAUCUGACCAUAAAGUCAAAUCACAUGAUACAGAAGUCCCAAAGGUAGAAAGCUCCACUAAGUUAGGGACUUUAGGAGUAGGAUGUAAACCAUCAGCAGCUGAAAUUACUCUGGAUGCAACACAGGAGAAAAUAAAUGUUAGUCUUCCAAAGGAAGAGCUAGAUAUUCAAAAUCAAGAGGGACUAAUUAAAAAGGGAAAGAUAAAGGGUGAGAUGAAAGUUAUAGGAAAAGACAGUGAAGGAAGCCAAUUAAAAAGGCCUACAUGUGAAUGGUCUACAACAAAGGGAUCAGAAGAUGGUGCUUAUGUUGCAGCUAAACCAGAAGAUCUAAAGGUAGAAGUUCCAGGAGUGAAGAUGGAUGCUAGAGUAGAUCCUGAAAUGAAAUUUCAAGUGAAAAGUGUUGAAAAGGACAUGUCUGCCGGGAUGGAAGUGCAAGUAGAAGAUAGAGCAGAAACAAGUAAAAUUAAAACAUACAAGUUUAAGAUUCCAAAGUUCAGAAUGCUGCAUUCGGAAGUGAAGGGUUUUGAAGGUGAUAUCAAUUUGCCAAAGUCAGAAGCCGAUUCCAUAUCUGAAACUGAAAUAGGCACAGCAGAAAUGCAGUUUCAAAAAAGAGGAGGAUCUAUUGGCCUGAAAAGUCCAGCUCUAGAUCAUAUGGAAGCAUCUGCCAGAACAACAGUGGAAACAGUGGACAAAUCACAAGGUGUCUCAGAAGUAAAUAUUAAAAUUCCCAAACUAAAAAUACCAAGAUUCACUUUCAAAACUCUCCCAACUGAAGCUGAUGUUUUAGUGUCAAAAGUGGUAGCAGAUCCAAAGGGAUCUAGUACUGACAUUGAAAUAGUGCAACUGCAAGCAAGCUCUGCUAUCCCUGAGGAAACACCAGAGGCUCUAGAGGGUGGUAUUCAAAAAGCAAAAAGCAAGAUUCUAACAUUGACUGAACCUGACAUUAAAACAGCACAGAUGACUACUACCGUAGAGUCCUCCCUUUCCCAUGCAGGGCAAGACAUUCACUGGUCGUAUGUAGAGGGCCAAGAGGUGAGUGAGAAAGUAGAACCUGAGCAUGUUGCUAUUGAAAGGUGUGAGAUUUACACUACUGAAAUAGUGAAAGAGUCAGAGAUCCUCUCAUCAGAAGUCAAAACUGCAACUUUGGGAUUCUCAUUGCUCAAGGUGAAGUUGCCUGAAUCACACAGCAACUUAGAAGUGCUAGUCCAGCAGCUGUCAACAGAAGGUGUAUCAGUGAGCAAACCUGAAUGUGCUGAUGAAAGCUUCAGAGUAGCAGCACAGACGACUGACAGUGCUGAGCUUAAACUAUCUGACAAAUCACACGGUGAGACUGAAAAAUCUGGUGAAGUAAGUUUGCCAAAGUUAAAAACACUUGCUGUUGAAGCAAAGCCUUCCAGUAAAGUUGAAGAGAGUCUUCCUGAUAAAUCACCAGAGGGAGUAACUGCAGGUCCUCUCUCUAAAGAUGAGGAUGUAGCUGAAGCACUAGAAGAUGAAGAAAAAGACAUAACCAAUGAAAAAGAAAAGACUGAUAGUAAAAGAUCUCCUGGAAGAUUCAAAUUUUGGCUUCCAAGUAUUGGCUUUUCAUCUUCUGCUGAUGAAACAAGCAUGGAUUCUAAAACAGAAGUGAAAAAAGCAGUUCCAGAAGAUGUGAAACCUGCUGACACAUCAGAUAAUGAGUCUUCUAAGCAAACUGAAAAAACUGGAUGGUUUAGAUUUCCCAAGCUUGGUUUCACAUCUCCUUCCAAAAAGGCUAAGACUGUUGGCAAAGAAGACAUGGGUCAUAAAGAGGGAAGAAUCUCAGAUGAAGAUAGCCCAUCAGAUAAACCUGAUGUAUUUUUUGAUGCGCAGGAAAGCUUAUCACCUAAAGAAACAGCAGAGGAUGAAAAAGUUGAAAUUGAUGGGGGCUCAUCUGAUGUUCCAGUUUCUCGAACUAUUGUGACAUCUUCAGCAAGAACUGAACUAAUCUUGUUGGAGGAAGAAAAAGAUAGUCAAUGUACUAUUUCUGGAGAUCCAACCAAAUAA